CUUUUGCGUAGAUCUUUGCCUUUUUCCCUUCAGCGCAACCAGAUUUCGUUGUCUAGGUCGCUAUGGACGCGAAAUACGCUCGAAAGAGGGAGCUGGUCGACGCCAAAGCGUCUCAGCGUCCCACCACAGCGUCGAGCGUAUUCCGACAUGAGAGAGCGGAAUAGCAUGGGCGUAUUCACCCCGAAGUCUGCAGCCCUGUUCCUGGCUGCAGGAGUCGGCCUGUGGUUCUACUUCCGUCAUGAGAAGGCACGGCUACUCGAGGAGCGAGAGAAGGAGCGACAGAGUAGACAAUAUGGCCGACCGAACCUUGGUGGCCCGUUCACGCUAACAACCCACGAAGGCAAACCAUUCACCGAGAAGGAGAUGGAAGGAAAGUGGUCAUUGGUCUACUUCGGGUUCACCAACUGUCCCGAUAUCUGCCCUGCUGAAUUGGACAAAAUGACAGAGGUCCUGAAUGCCGUCCAGAAGGAACAUGGCGACAUUUUCCUUCCGCUUUUCAUCACCGUUGACCCAGCUCGCGACCUGCCCCACCGAAUUGCCCGUUAUCUCGAAGACUUCCAUCCUUCCUUCGUUGGGCUCUACGGAGACUACGCUGACACCAAGGCCAUUUGCAAGAAAUACCGCGUCUACUUCUCGACACCUCCCAAUGCCGAUCCCAAUGGAGACUACCUCGUUGACCACUCAAUAUUCGUUUACCUCAUGGACCCUGCCGGCAAAUUCGUAGAGGCCUUCGGCCAGUCCGUGACGGGAGAGGAGGUCGUGGAGAAAAUCCAGAAGGCUAUUAGCGAAUGGCAGGCGGAGACAGGACGCAAGGCAUAGAUGGUUUACCCCAAGGACAUUGAAAGUAAUGUAAUCCAUUAACUAAUUUUCAAUACACCACCACUCUAGAGAC